GGAAUGCUUGACCGUAACCUCUGAGCCGGGCGCAUGGGCUCAUGGAGGGCGGAGACACGUUCAUCACUGGCCGGGGCGCUGCUUUGCUGGAUGCCACCCGGGUGCUGCAGCAGCCCCGGGAGGAGCGCCUCGCCAACCUCGAGCGGUACACGCGCUGCAUCACCUGCAAGUUCCGGAGGCGGAAGCCCUCCUCCGAGGAGGCGGACCUGCGGAAGCUGAUGCCAGAUAGCUUGGCAAGAGAUCCGGACGUUUGGGAGUACACCUCGUGCGCCAUCUGCCUCUGCGACUUUGCGGACGGCGAAGAGCUGCGGAGGGCGUCCUGUCCUGGCGGCCAUGCAUUCCACCCCAAGUGCCUUCGCGGGUGGAUCGAGCGCUCCAAGGAGACCUGUCCGGUGUGCCGGUGCACGGGCGACCGAAAGGCCGCUGGCGCACGCUUCAGCGCGGACGCGCUGGCGGAGUUUGUUACCCGGCGCAUGCGGAGCACUAAGGUGGACUUUACGGUCUCCAAGGAAAAUCAUCAGAGAGCCGAGGAGGUGAUGGAGAAACUGCCGUUGCCGAUGGUUUGCCUCAAGCCAGCGGAGGAGGAGAAAGAAGAUCCUCCAGCCCCGCUGCCGGAACCGGAGGUGCCGCUGGCAGACAUCUUUGCGGCGCGGCUCUCCGCGCGCCAGGCAGAGCGUUGUGACUUCCCUCCUCGUGGCAGCGCCAGGCCGGCGCGCCCGUCCAUGCGGCCAUCCUUGGCCUCGCGCCUUUCUUCGCCGAGGGCGUCGCCGAAGGCGUCGCCUGCGGUGUCUCCCCGCACCUCCCCGCGGAUAGGGCGGUGACGGAAAAAGCCAAGGAGACGCUCGGACUCGCAAUCCGCAG